CCUGCGCGUCCCGGUCUGACCCUCGGCGGCCGCCAUCGGCCGUUCGUGCUUCGGCGCGGUGGUGGUGGCAGUGCUGACGGGGAGCAGCUGGCGGGAGCGGCGCCGCCAUGAGCCGGAGCUACAACGAUGAGCUGCAGUACCUGGACAAGAUCGACAAGAAUUGCUGGCGGAUCAAGAAGGGCUUCGUGCCCAACAUGCAUGUGGAGGGUGUUUUCUACGUGAACGACCCGCUGGAGAAGCUGAUGUUUGAGGAGCUGCGCAAUGCCUGCCGCGGAGGAGGUGCAGGUGGUUUUUUGCCUGCUAUGAAACAGAUUGGGAAUGUGGCUGCGUUACCUGGCAUUGUUCACAGAUCUAUAGGUCUUCCUGAUGUCCACUCUGGCUAUGGGUUUGCCAUUGGCAACAUGGCUGCCUUCGAUAUGAAUGAUCCUGAAGCAGUGGUUUCACCAGGUGGUGUCGGCUUUGACAUCAACUGUGGUGUCCGCUUACUGCGUACAAAUUUGGAUGAAAGCGAUGUGCAGCCUGUGAAAGAGCAGCUUGCCCAGGCUAUGUUUGACCAUAUUCCUGUUGGUGUUGGCUCCAAAGGUGUCAUCCCCAUGAAUGCCAAGGAUUUGGAAGAGGCACUAGAGAUGGGUGUGGACUGGUCUCUCCGGGAGGGCUAUGCCUGGGCAGAGGACAAGGAGCACUGUGAGGAAUAUGGAAGGAUGCUGCAGGCUGAUCCCAACAAGGUCUCCUCAAGAGCAAAGAAGAGGGGCCUGCCUCAGCUGGGGACCCUGGGAGCUGGAAAUCAUUAUGCGGAGAUCCAGGUUGUGGAUGACAUUUACAAUGAAUAUGCUGCCAGGAAGAUGGGCAUUGACCACAAAGGGCAGGUGUGCGUGAUGAUCCACAGUGGCAGCAGAGGUCUGGGCCACCAAGUUGCUACAGAUGCAUUGGUGGCUAUGGAAAAAGCUAUGAAACGGGACAAAAUCAUAGUGAAUGAUCGCCAGCUGGCAUGUGCCAGGAUUUCUUCUGCGGAGGGGCAGGAUUACUUGAAGGGAAUGGCAGCUGCUGGAAACUAUGCCUGGGUCAACCGCUCUUCUAUGACUUUUCUAACAAGACAGGCCUUUGCCAAAGUCUUCAACACAACCCCAGAUGACCUUGAUAUGCAUGUUAUCUAUGAUGUGUCUCACAACAUUGCCAAAGUAGAGCAACAUGUAGUGGAUGGAAAGGAGCGGACUCUGCUUGUGCACAGAAAGGGAUCAACCAGAGCCUUCCCUCCUCACCAUCCUCUUAUUGCUGUUGAUUAUCAACUGACUGGACAGCCUGUUUUGAUCGGCGGGACUAUGGGCACCUGUAGCUAUGUUCUUACUGGCACAGAGCAAGGCAUGACUGAGACCUUCGGAACUACUUGCCAUGGAGCUGGUCGCGCGCUGUCCCGAGCCAAAUCUCGACGUAACUUGGACUUCCAGGAUGUAUUGGACAAGCUGGCUGACAUGGGCAUUGCCAUCCGUGUGGCUUCUCCUAAACUGGUCAUGGAGGAAGCACCAGAGUCUUAUAAGAAUGUGACAGAUGUGGUUAAUACCUGCCAUGCAGCUGGCAUCAGCAAAAAAGCCAUUAAACUGAGACCUAUUGCUGUUAUAAAAGGUUAGGAACUGUCAAGGCAUCAGAAAAUCACCGACAUCUCCAGGCCUUACAAAACUGACUAGGACCGUCGUCUUCCCAUGCUUCUUGGACUCUGUAGGACACUCAGAUAUCACAGUCCUGUUCUGGAAACACAACAGUUGAGGAUACUCCUAUUUUUAACCACUCCUAGGCAUAAUUAAUGGCCCUCUCCUUAUACGGUGUUCUUUUCUUGUGAGGAAAGGGCAAAGAAAUAAGUAAGUCUUGAUUUCUAUAUGCAGUUCUUCCUCCAUUUGUCUGAUGAUUCCACAGGCAGGACUUCAGGCUUGCCUGAGUUGUCACUGACUGCUGUGCUGCAAGAUCACCUCCAUCAGUGAAGACAGCAUAUGAAUCAGACCUGCUGUCUCCACACCUGAGUGCCUGAUGCUCUUUCAGCAUAUGGAAGUACUCUGUUAGGCAGGGUAUAGCAGUCCUGGGGAGGAAGAGGUUGCUCUGUUUGCAGAUACCUUUAUGCACGGUCUCUGUUGUUCCAUGUUUUGUGGCAAAUGGGUAAGAAAUCUGGAGUUGGGAGUGGUCUUCUGCUUGAGUUGAGAGGGACUAGCUAGGCUCCAGGCACAGUCCUUCCCUCUGCCUGUACCCUCUCCCAUUUAACGCAGCACCUGGUGUACUUGCCUCAGUACAAGAAGGUGUUCCAUGGUCUUUCUGGAAAUGACAGUAGGACUGAGUAUGUUGCUUUCUCAGAAGUUUUGUUUGCCCAGUAAAAGUUGUGACUUCACAAUUGUAGAUGUGCUAAUCCAGCAUUUUGCAAAUUUGUAUGUAAAAGUUGAGUUGGAUAAUAUUGCUCACUGUGUCCUGAAAGUCCAAUUGCAGGUUCAGGCGCAGUAUGAUGUAACUUCUGAUGUGUCUUUUGCUUUCAUUAACCAAGACUCGAGGGGAAGCUGACCAUUCCCACUGGAUCAUUUUGGAGUUUACAAAUAAAAUGGGAAGAUGGACACA